AUGAGUCCGAUCAGUAGCAUUUCCAUGAGCCCCAACGGCGGCGCCUCCAUUACCGAAAUCGAUGGUCGACACUCGGUGAACUUCGCGGCGCCGAGGGGGUUUGCAACGAAACUGAAGUCGGCAAUGAAAGAAACGCUGUUCCCAGACGACCCUUUCAGGCAGUUCAAGAACGGAGAGACGAGGAGAGAUAGAAUUGUGAAAGGAGUACAGUACUUCGUCCCAAUGUUCGAAUGGCUUUCCACUUACAAUCUCCGGUUGUUCUGGUCGGACCUCGUCGCCGGCCUCACCAUCACCAGCCUCGCCAUCCCUCAAGGCAUUAGUUACGCUAAACUCGCCGAAAUUCCUCCCAUCAUUGGCCUCUAUAGUAGUUUUGUUCCUCCACUGGUGUAUGCGAUAUUCGGAAGUUCGAGGCAGAUGGCGGUGGGGACGAUAGCGGCGGCGUCCUUACUGUUAUACCAAACGGUGUCGAGCGUGGCGAUGCCGGAGAACGACCCUGUUCUGUAUGUGCAUUUGAUUUUCACCACCACCUUCAUCACCGGAGCAUUUCAGGCUGCUUUAGGUAUUCUCAGGUUAGGGAUAUUGGUGGAUUUCUUAUCGCAUUCGACCAUAACAGGCUUCAUGGGGGGCACAGCGGUAAUUCUGUGUCUGCAACAGCUGAAGGGCAUAUUUGGUAUGAAACAUUUCUCUAGUCACACCAGCCUUAUCUCUGUGCUCAAGGCCAUCGUCGCCAAUAGACAUGAGAUAAGAUGGGAGACCACAGUCAUGGGCGUCAUCUUCGUUGCCUUCUUGAUGUUCACUAAGUACUG